GAACAAAUGGGGGAAAUGGGACUUUUAGAAGAGGAUAUGAAUGGGAAAUGGUCCCAAAGUCCUGAGUGGUUGUUUUCUUCCCACUGACCAAAGCUGGAGAGGGAUCCCUCAGGAGGGUGUGUUCCGGAUUUCUUGCCUCAGGCCCAAGACUCCAACCAUUUUAUAAUGGAAUCUUUAUUUUGUGAAAGUAAGUAUGUACAUAGUUGGGAAACUGGGUAAAGUACUCAUAGGUGGACUUUAGGGAUGAAUUUUAGGGCUUGUGUCUCUCUUUCUUUUGCUUUUCCAUAUUUAGGCUUGUGUGUACACAUCCAUGCAUGUUCAUGUUAGCAGAUACUGUAGAAGUCUAUGGGUGUGUUUAUCCCUGUGGGUAUGUUCUCUUUAUGUGUAUCUACAUAUGUGAUGUGUCUGUGUCUAUGUGUGUGUUUACUUACAUGUGUUAUAUUUCACCUAUAAAUUUGUGCAGAAGACUAUGGGGAGGAGGGAUUUUUAAGACCUGAUUCAUAUAUUCAUGUAUGUUAACUAAUUUUUAGAGGUACAUACAAAAACUCUUAAAACUCAUUUUUUACAAAGCAAUCUGUCAACACAUUAACAAAUAUAUUGAGAAUAAAUAUUUUACUGUCAAGGGAGCACCAAGCAGUAAAUAUGUGAUUGGAAUUCAUAUCAGAUAAGGGGCUUUCUAGAGUAGUCAAAUUUGUGCUGAUUUAAGAAGGUCUGGUGGGCCCAACGCUCCUCUGCUAAAACAGUGACUCCCAACUGGCUGUGUAGGUGGUGGCCCAGGACAUGGGUGCUUACUGAUUUUGAUCUGUCCUGGUUCCACCUCUACCAGCUAUGUCACUUUGGACAAGUAACACAACCUCUUUUGUGCCUCAGUUUUCUCAUCUGCAAAAUUAACAUAGUAUUGGCACCGGUUUCACGGGGACUUUGUGAACGUUACAUGCGAUAAUUCAUCUAAAGUGAAUAGAAACGUGGCUGGCACAAAGUGAGGACUUGAUCAAUGUUGGCGGCUAUCAUUAUGAUUACUAUUAUUAUCAUUAGAUUCAGGGGCCAUUCCAGCUGCCCUUCCUGCAGAUCCCGAAUCUGGUGUUGGGGGCUCCGCAGACGAACAGUAGGGAAGAACGUCUGUCCUGAACCGCCUCCCUCCUGAGGCCCCCAUUUUCCUCUCGGCCCUGGCCCGCCCAGCCCCAGCCCUGCUUCCUGUGGACGUCAGGCAGUGAUGCUCUUCCCCUCAGGCCUAGAUAAAGGUAGCGGGGACUCAUCUCUGGAGAAGGAGUUCCUCGGGGCCCCAGUGGGGCCCUCGGUGAGCACCCCCAACAGCCAGCACUCUUCUCCCAGCCGCUCACUCAGUGCCAACUCCAUCAAGGUGGAGAUGUACAGCGAUGAGGAGUCAAGCAGACUGCUGGGGCCAGAUGAGCGGCUCCUAGAAAAGGAUGACAGUGUGAUCGUGGAAGACUCGUUGUCAGAACCCCUGGGCUACUGUGAUGGAAGUGGGCCAGAGCCUCACUCCCCCGGGGGCAUCCGGCUGCCCAAUGGCAAGCUCAAGUGUGAUGUCUGCGGCAUGGUCUGUAUCGGACCCAAUGUACUCAUGGUGCAUAAGCGCAGCCACACAGGUGAGAGGCCCUUCCACUGCAACCAGUGUGGUGCCUCCUUCACCCAGAAGGGGAACCUGCUGCGCCACAUCAAGCUACACUCUGGGGAGAAGCCUUUCAAAUGUCCCUUCUGUAACUAUGCUUGCCGCCGGCGUGACGCGCUCACGGGCCACCUCCGUACACACUCAGUCUCCUCUCCCACAGUGGGCAAGCCCUACAAAUGUAACUACUGUGGCCGGAGCUACAAACAGCAGAGUACCCUGGAGGAGCACAAAGAGCGGUGCCACAACUACCUACAGAGUCUCAGCACUGAAGCCCAAGCUCUGGCUGGCCAACCAGGUGACGAGAUACGUGACCUGGAGAUGGUACCAGACUCCAUGCUGCACUCAUCCUCUGAGCGGCCAACUUUCAUUGAUCGGCUGGCCAAUAGCCUCACCAAACGCAAGCGUUCCACCCCCCAGAAGUUUGUAGGUGAAAAGCAGAUGCGCUUCAGCCUCUCAGACAUCCCCUAUGAUGUGAACUCGGGUGGCUAUGAGAAGGAUGUGGAGUUGGUGGCACAUCAUGGCCUGGAGCCUGGCUUCGGAGGUUCUCUGGCCUUUGUGGGGGCAGAGCAUCUGCGUCCCCUCCGCCUUCCACCUACCAACUGCAUCUCAGAACUCACACCCGUCAUCAGCUCUGUCUACACCCAGAUGCAGCCCCUCCCCGGUCGACUAGAGCUUCCAGGGUCCCGAGAAGCAGGUGAGGGACCCGAGGACCUGGCUGAUGGAGGCCCCCUCCUCUACCGGGCCCGAGGCCCCCUGACUGACCCUGGGGCCUCCCCUAGCAAUGGCUGUCAGGACUCCACAGAUACAGAGAGCAACCACGAAGAUCGAGUUGGGGGGGUGGUAUCCCUCCCUCAGGGCCCCCCGCCCCAGCCACCUCCCACCAUUGUGGUGGGCCGGCCCAGCCCUGCCUACGCCAAAGAGGACCCCAAGCCGCAGGAGGGGUUACUGCGGGGCACCCCAGGCCCCUCCAAGGAAGUGCUCCGGGUGGUGGGCGAGAGUGGUGAGCCCGUGAAGGCCUUCAAGUGCGAGCACUGCCGAAUCCUCUUUCUGGACCAUGUCAUGUUCACCAUCCACAUGGGCUGCCACGGCUUCAGAGACCCUUUCGAGUGUAACAUCUGUGGUUACCACAGCCAGGACCGGUACGAAUUCUCCUCCCACAUUGUCCGGGGGGAACACAAGGUGGGCUAGCCACCUACUGCCCUCCCCUCAGCCCACCACUCCCCUGCCCUACCUACAGGAGUCUAGCUCUGUCCCCAUUACAUCCCAAGGAGUUUUGCUCGGUGGCCUCUACCACUGGCUACCUGACCUCACCCUUGACCCUGACCCCUCCUCACGUAGUCUCCUCUACCCUGACUGAUUUAAGCAUUGUGAUGAAACAGGCCUUUUCGCUUGUGUUUCUCCUUUUCCUCUUCUCCUCUCAUCCCGGCAUAUUCAGAGUUAUUUAUUAAUAUAAUUUGUUGAUUUUUCUUUUGCUUUUUUCUCUUACCUUGUAUCAGUCACUUACCACCACCACCCCCAACCCCUCCCCUGCCCUCCUGCCCACCGUCCCCUCCCACUUUAUUUAGGCCUAAUUUUUCUUUCUUUGAUCCAGCUUUCUCUAACAGCCCUCGGGGGCGGAAGCUCCUCUUAGGCCUAAGAGUUCUGAGCUUCUUGUGUGAAGUCCUCACCUUUUGCAUUAUCUGAUUCUUUAGUUUUGAUGGGCAUAGCCCCCUCUGGCCCUACCUUAGCUCUGUGGCAUUAUAUCUCCUCUCUGGGACCCUCCAACCUGGUACUCCAUACCUCUUGUGCCCUCUCACGUUAGGCAGCUUGCACUAUGCUUGAACAAAUGAAGAAUUCCCUCAUUUGGAAGUAGGAGGGGCUGAAGAAAUUCUCCCCAGGCACUGUGGGACUGAGGGUCCUCUUGACAUGCCCCUAGUAAUAUGAGUUCCCCAAAGCCCACAGUGGGAAUCUCCCUCUGGGAUGUGAUCUAUCUCUUCUCUCCUCAAACAACCCCCAACACUGCUACUCUCUUCAACCUGCCAGUCUACUCAGUGGUGGUUUUUCUCUCCUUGGAGUGCCCCAAUUUUAUAUUCUCAGGGGCCAAGGCUAGGUCUGCAGUCCUAUCUCUGACAUGUUGGGAGCCACAGGUGCCUAAUUGGGAACCAGGGCAUGGGAAGGGGGUGGGUUAAAAUUCUUCUCCUUCUCUUCCACCUCUAAUCUUCUCCACUCUAGUGACCUUCCUAGGCUCUCAGGGGCUCCCAGAGUCCCUCUCCUGUGAGAAACUAGUGGGUUGCUGCCUGAUGACAAGGGGAUGUCUCAACCCCACAGUCAUGCUGCCUUCUUCUUCUCCCCCCUGCAGGAUUCACCCUCAUUCCCAGGCUUCUGGGCCCUGUUCUUAGGAUCAGUGGCAGGGAGAAAAGGGUGUCUCUUUUCUCUCUUCUAAUUUUCAGUAUAACCAAAAAUUAUCCCAGGACGAGGAAGGGCAUUUGCCCCUCACCUCAUUCUAUUCUUGUCCUAGCAAGAAUGGGAUGGGCACAACUGAACUGGGGGUCAUCCUUUACUGCCCCCUUCUACACUCAGUUCCCAGACAUAGGGCAGGAGGGGGCGUGCUCCUCCUGGCUACAGCAGAGACCCCUGGCUUUUUGGGUAACCUAGUUGGUGAGAAGGUGGCAGGAGGAGAUAUGGCUCCACUGCGAGUGGAGGUCUCUUUCUACAAGCGUUUUCUGCCCAAGGCCACAGCUAUCCCAUUCUCUGCUUCCUUGAGAUUCAAACCAAAGGCUGUUUUUCUAUAUUUAAAGAAAAAAAAAAAAAAGAAAGUAAAAACCAAACACAACACCUCACAAGUUGUAACACUUGGUCCUUCUCUCUUUCCUUUUCUCUUCCCUUCCAUCUUUCUUUCCAUAUGUCCUUUCCUUAUUGGCUCGUUUGCCUCCUACUUUUCUCACUCCCUAUCAGGGAUAAUUUAGGGGGAUGGUGAAGGGUUGGCUAAGGAACAGACCCUGGGAUUGGGGCUCCUAAGGGCUCUAAGAAAAGUCUACCUUACCCUCUGUGGGAAAGGAGACCCUAGAAAAACUUCUCUUCUCCCUUCUUUUUCUCUCCCAUUAUGUAGUCUCCCUAAGAGAACCAGAUUGUCAAGGAGGGGCACUGUGGGUUAAUUGUUCCUCCUUGACAAUGUAGCAAUAAACAGAUGCUGCCAAGGGCAGAGGAUGGGGGAGUUAGCUGGAAGGAGAGUGGUCUCUAGAGAAGCUGAGAGUCUCCUCAACCGUCCCCCAGGGAACUGGCUCCUUGUUGCAGGAUGGCAGCAGAGCUGAGAUUAAUAUCUAGGGUUCUCCUCAACUGUUCUGGUUAUUGAGCCCCUUCCUGUUAGACCUACCCCGUACCACCUCUUCUGUGUCUGCUGUGUAUUUGGUGACACCUCAUAAGGACUAGUCCCUUCUGGGGUAUCAGAGCCUUAGGGUGCCCCCCCAUCCCCUCCCCCAGUCAGCUCUGGCACCUGUAACCUCCUGGAACAUGAAGGACUAUGCUCUGAGGCUAUACUCUGAGCCCAUGAGAGCAGAGACUGGAAGGGCAAGACCAGGUGCUAAGGAGGGGAGAGAAGGGCACUCUGUCUCUCUCCAAACCAUCACUGCACUUUAACCAGGGUCUUAGGUACAAAAUCCUACUUUCCAGAGCCUUCCAGCUCUGGAACCUCAAACAUCCUCAUGCUCUCUCCCAGCUCCUUUUGCAUAAAAAAAAAAAAAGUAAAGAAAAAGAAAAAAAAACACAUUGAAACCCACAUGGAGAAAAGAGGUGUUUUCCUUUUAUAUUGAUAUUCAAGACCAACACCACACACAAAAAUUUCUAAAUAGACACUUUUCCAGAUCUUUGUUUUUUUGUGUCAGUGUCCAAGCUGCAGAUGGGAUUUUGUAAUACUUUCAGCAGCUUCUUUCCUUGUGUACAUAAUAUAUAUAUUAUAUAUAUUUUUAAUCAGAAGUUAUGAAGAACAAAAAGAAAAAAAAACACAGAAGCAAGUGCAAUACCACCUCUCUUCUCUCUCUCUCCCAGGGUUUCAUUUGUAGCCCAUGCUUGGUGUCUCCUUGGACCUUACCCUUUCACCUACCCUUCUUCCUUUGGUUCUCCCUCCCCCUUUUUUUAAAGAGUUUUUCUCCUUUCUCAAGGGGAGUUAAACUAGCUUUUGAGACUUAUUGCAAAGCAUUUUGUAUAUGUAAUAUAUUGUAAGUAAAUAUUUGUGUAACGGAGAUAUACUACUGUAAGUUUUGUACUGUACUGGCUGAAGGUCUGUUAUAAAUAAACAUGA